CUUCACUUCCCCUCUUGGUUGUCUACAUGAUUGCCACUUGCUUUCCUUUGAUGUAGAACCACCAAUCUUGUACCUAGUGACAACAACAACACUAUCAUGACCUACACUAGAAAGCAAGCCGUCACUUGCAUAAGUGUGCUGUACCUGGUCAUCGCAUUGGGCAUCGCUGGAUACGCCUCGUCUCGCGCUAACGAUACGUCGGUGCCCAUUUCCGACACCCUGACUGGCCUCGCCACCGCCUUGCCUAUCGUCGCCGGCAUCCUUCUCGAAGGCGGCUACGACCUCACUCGCUGGCAAGAGCGUCGCCAACAUCAAGGCCGCGGCGAGACACAACGACCACCUCUAGUCAUCAUCGCGAACACGCUCAUCUUCAUCUACUCGACAGUCGUGGUCACACUUCUUGGCACGCAUGUUGCUCCGCCAUCUGAGCUAGACUGCGGACUGCGACGGCGGUGGGAGACAUUGUUCAAACAUAAGGACUCGAAAGCCAUCAAGGCAAUCCAGGAUGCCUUCGAAUGCUGCGGUCUUGCCAACUCGCGGGACAUGGCGUGGCCGUUUCCUGACAAGAACCACGAUGCACGUGCAUGUGAGGGUGCGUUUGGCAGGACCAACAGCUGUCUGAAGCCCUGGAAGGUUGAAGAGCAACGUGUGGCGGGGCUACUGAUGGGUGUCGUCGGCAUGGUAUUUGUCUGGCAGUUCCUCAUCAUUGCCAUUCCAACCCAGCGAGAGUCUUGGCUCCACAGUGUCGUGCCAGACCGCAUUUCUCGUGUCAUUGCCGACGAGGAGCAUGGCAGCGGCGGUUCUCAACGUGCUAUAGGCUAUCUACCCGACUUUGCUAGAUACACCGACCGUGUCGAGGAGGAGCGCGACGAGGACGAGCAGGACACACCCAACCGUGCUAUCGAGGGAGGAGCCAACCAGGUCAAUGGCGCUCUGCCAGGAAGCGCUCAGCGGGACCAGCCACCUACCGCCGAGAAUGAGUGGGCCAGGACUUAGACGUCUUUUUGCAGGUGUCGGAGCCUGGCGGAGAACUAAUGACGGAACUCUUACUCUCUCGAUCGGCGUUCAACGAAGAUGCGUCAGAGGUGACUUACCUAGGCUGCAAGCUACGAUUGGAAUAUGAGGGUUCAAGUCGCUUUCUCCACUUGGAUGUAACUUCACAUAUAUCAGACAGAAAACAACGCAAGAUUGAAACAACACUCGAGAUCCUUCUUCUGUGAGCAGUGCCCAAUGUCGUCUCAUACGACUAACAACCCACUAGAAAUAUUUGCAGAUGUUUCAUAUCUUGAAGUACUUUAUCACGACAUGCACCACACAGUGUCUCACCCACGGCUUACAA